UGUGCUGCCCAGGAUUUAAUAACAACUGAGCCAACACAACAGCUGCUGCUCGAGUGCAGGCGAGUCUGGGCAAUUUGGAUUCAAUUAGUAUACAACGUUAUAAGCUAGUUUUUGUUAAAGUAAGACGUCUCCACUGCAGUACAGUUUACUGUUUGUGUUUAUUCGUGGGCUGAGUUUGAGGAUCAUGAAAUAACAGUGUUGCCCGUUGCAUCGCGGCAUGCCCUCUCUGUGUUGGAUUCUUUGAUGGGGCUUUUAAGAGUAAAGAUGCCGCCGAAGUUUCAGCUACUGGCUCUAUUGGCCUUCGCGAUUGCCAUGAUCUUCUUGGAAAACCAAAUUCAGAAGCUUGAGGAGUCACGGGGAAAGCUGGAACGAGCCAUUGCCAUACAUGAGGUACGAGAGAUUGAGCAGCGGCACAUUCAGGAGUGGGCAAAGGAGGACGUGCAAGAGGAGGACAAUAUGGUGGUCAUCUACAACCGAGUACCAAAAACAGCCAGCACCUCCUUUACCAACAUCGCCUAUGACCUGUGUAACAAGAACCACUACCAUGUGCUGCACAUUAAUACUAGCAAAAACAACCCCGUCAUGUCCCUUCAGGACCAGGUAAGAUUUGUCAAGAAUGUGACGUUAUGGAAGGAGAUGAAGCCUGCAUUCUACCAUGGCCACGUUUCCUUUCUGGACUUCACUAAAUUUGGGGUGAAGAAAAAGCCUAUUUACAUAAAUGUCAUUCGGGACCCCAUUGAGCGCCUGGUGUCUUACUACUACUUCCUGCGCUUUGGUGAUGACUACAGGCCAGGCCUACGGCGCAGGAAGCAGGGGGACAAAAAGACGUUUGAUGAGUGUGUAGCUGCAGGAGGAUCUGAUUGUGCUCCAGAGAAACUGUGGCUUCAAAUUCCCUUCUUCUGCGGUCACUACUCUGAGUGCUGGAACAUUGGCAGUAAAUGGGCUUUGGAGCAGGCCAAAUUCAACCUUGUGAAUGAAUAUAUGUUAGUUGGGGUGACAGAAGAGUUGGAAGACUUUGUUAUGAUGUUGGAGGCAGCACUUCCUCGUUUUUUUAAAGGGGCCACAGAGCUCUAUCGGACUGGGAAGAAAUCACACUUAAGAAAGACGAGUGAGAAGAAGGCACCCACCAAAGAGUCCAUUGCCAGACUGCAGCAGUCAGACAUCUGGAAAAUGGAGAACGAGUUUUAUGAGUUUGCACUAGAGCAGUUCCAGUAUGUUCGGGCCCAUGCGGUGAGAGAAAAAGAUGGAGAACUGUACCUACUGGCACAGAAUUUUUUCUAUGAGAAGAUUUACCCAAAGACUACCUGAGACUCGAGUGCUCCAUAAUUUUGUACGCUGUUGUCAGAAACACUGGAGGUGAGAAGACCUUAUAUUUAUAGGUACAUUCUUCUAACUGUUCUCCAUCUGGAGUUGUACAUUUAGAGGAACUGAAUCAAGUAAGUACCACAGGGAAGAGUAUUGGGGCCAAAUAGACUUCAUGAGCUUUAUACCCCCUAAUACAUAUGAUUUCAAAACUCUCAGCUGAGCUUUAAGUGACAGAUCUUGCCAUUAUUGAAAACAACCUUCACAUUUCUGCCAUAUGCUAUUUGACUUUAAACAGGUGCUGCCACAUUUCCUGAGAGAUUUUUCUGUAAAAUGUCUUUGAUAGUGAUUUAAUAGUUUGAUAGUUAUUGUUGUUCUGUAACUGAAUGCUGCUGCUUGAGAGUUUUUAUAUCUUAUUUUAAAGUGGAAGUCUUCUAAGCAUUCUGAAUAUAUUGAAGAUCUUUAUCAAGCUCAGAAUGGUAAUUGAGCCCUAGGGACAAAAUUUGGAGUUGGAGUCAACUUAAACAUUUCUGGAACUUUCAAAAGACUGUUUAUGGAAUGUAUAGGGAAUACACAGAUUAGAUUAGACAGGAUUAUUGUACAUUGUUAAAAAUGUCAUAUUCUUUGACAUGCCUGAAACUUUUUUUUUUUUUUUUUUUUUUUUAUAAUCACAAACUUCUGCUCACAAACCUGAGGUUCAUUCCUUCAUUUGUUUUUUCCCCAGCAAUUACAGAAAAUAUAUUUUUAUCUGAAAAUAUAUAUGUAUGUAAAUACUGGUAAUUUUGUUAUGGUUGGACCAAAAGGUUUAAAUACGGGAGAAUAAAGGAUUGAAGAUGAUGAUGUUUUUCUUUUCUUUUUUAAAUGAACCAUGUCUGCAUGUGGAUCAUUUUAUGGUUAAGGAUUAGUGGCAAACAGCAGUUGAUAUUAUUAUUUGCUUUUAUAUUAAGGAUUUUAUGACUGCAGUGUCUUUUAUUUUAUUUAUUAUUAUUAUUAUUUUUUUUUUUUUAAGCAAUUUCAGUUUUUACAUUUGCUGUUCAAACCUAAAAAAAAAAAAAAUUCAACGACUUGCAUGUCAGUCUUCCUAUUGCAACAUACCAUUAGUUUGCUCCUUUACCAUUGCGAGAUCUUAGACUUUAAAUGUGGAUGUUCAUUGGAUGUGAAAGAAUCUGAAAUGGGACUGCUUCAUUAGGAAUGUGCCUUUUUUUCUAUGACAAAUUCUGUGACACAGCUGUUACUACUGCCAGUGUAAAUAUGACUUGACAUCUCAGCAUGUGAAUAUUUAAAUUUUUACGUGUUCAAAUUGAUGGUACUGUAGCAUAGAUUGCUAUUCAAAAAAUUAUGGAUGUGUAUUUCAACUUUGAUGUUUCAAAGUUAAAAAGAAAUGCACCACUGUAAAAUAUUUUUCCCUUUGUGAUGUUACUAAAACAGUGAAACUGAAGUUCAUUUGGAUAAUGGGAGUUUGUCUCAUAUAUAUAUAUAUAUAUAUAUAUAUAUAAAAUAUAUUAACAGUGUUGAUAUUUCUUGCGACAGAUUUGUGCAUAUUUCUGCUAUACAUUAUAUAGUUUGCUUAGGGAAGAAAAUGGGUGCUGGAAUUACACAUUUGCCCCCAAAACUUCUAAGACACAAUGUGCGUAGAACAGGUCUUUGUGACAAAAUCUCACUUUUUUCCCUCAAAAUAGGUAUUUUGAGGUAUUGCAGAUCCUUUUGAAGUUUUAUAGAGUAUCAAAGCAAUGUAUAUAUGAAACACAAGAAUAGCCUAUAUACAAAAGAGGUGGGGUUUUUUACUGUCUUUUUUCCCCCCCUUCCAAAUGCUGCUCUAUUCUUUGUUCUUCAUUUAAACAAAAAUGAAACUCCAGGAAAUUUGCUCAUCUUUUCAUCUUACAACAUUGAGGUUGAUUUUAAAACUGAUUUAUUUUUGUGUAUGUCAGCCACAAUAAAGACUGUUUGAUUUA